ACCACGCGAGAGAGUGGAGGUGUUUUGGGUUCGGUGGAUGCAGGGUUUGUCACGUUUGGAAACCCUUGGAUGGGAGAUCUGAUAAAGUUCGCGUUGUUCUGCCGCUAACAUGUCUCUGUUUCUCGUGAAUAGGUAUCUGGGAGAGGAGGAAGAUGGGAGUGUGUCAAAAGAGACUCUGUCAAAGGCAUUACUGGCUAAACUGCAGAAGAAGGCUAAAGAAAAGCAGAAACGUCAUUCAGCUGAGCAGAGAGAACACCUCCAUGAACACCCAGCAGAGCAGGUGGAUGCCCAAAAGAAAAGAAAGGCUGACGAAGAUGGUGGACUAGAGCCUCAGCAGCACAAGAAGAGGCACUCAGAAACAGUAGCUUCAUGUAGUGUAGAGCCUGUUGAAGAGACAAAUAUACAACACCAGGAGGAGAUCCAGUCAGAUAUUUCGCCAGAAUCUACCACAGACACUCUGCCUGGGUUCACACUGGUAGGAGGAUUUGAGAGCAAACCUGUCCCAAAGGUGGACAGAGUUCUGCCCCAGUGGCUUGCUGAGCCUCAUGUCAUUCACACAGACAUUAAAAACAACCUAAUCUCCAUCUCUGAUGUCCCAGGGCUAUGUGCUCAGCUCCUGAAAAACCUGCACAGUAAUGGAAUCCAGCACUUCUUUCCAGUGCAGGCAGAGGUGAUUCCAGCUAUCCUGGAGAGCGCCCAGCAGGGCCUGCUGAUUGGGCGAGGGGGCUAUAAGCCCAGAGACAUCUGUGUGUCUGCACCAACAGGCAGCGGCAAGACUCUGUCAUUUGUCAUCCCCAUCAUACAGGUGCUGAUGGACAGGGUGGUGUGUGAAGUCCGGGCUUUAGCCGUGUUGCCGACCAAAGAGCUUGCCCAGCAGGUUCACAGGGUGUUUGCAUCGUACGCCGAGGGAACCACGCUCAAAGUGGUGAUGCUGGCAGGUCAGAAGUCCUUUGCUGCAGAACAGGCAUCGCUGUCAGAACACAGGUGGAACAUGAGGCGUAGUCUAGCAGACAUUGUUGUGGCUACUCCAGGACGACUCAUUGACCACAUGACCAAGAAUUCAGGCUUAUGUUUGGAACAUCUGCGGUUUCUGGUGAUCGAUGAGGCGGACAGGAUGAUCGACAGCAUGCACCAGUCCUGGCUCAGUCAGGUGAUGGGAGCAGUGUACCGAUCCAGAGGUGAACCCGAGUCGGUGUUUAGAAGGACAGAAGCAGCGUGCAUCACAUCAGCCAGUCUGUCUCCACCUCAGACGCCGCUGCAGAAGCUGCUGUUCUCCGCCACACUCACACAGAACCCAGAGAAACUGCAGCAGCUGGGCCUUCACCAGCCCCGACUCUUCAGCUCCACCUACGGCCACGCCGACAGCGCUGCAGCCUCGCCAACCCAUGGGCAUGACCGCUUCAACUUCCCCCAGGGUCUGACGGAGUACUACGUUCCCUGCACCAUGAGCAGUAAGCCCCUCCUACUCCUCCACUUCAUCCUGCGGAUGAAGCUCCACCCAGUCCUCUGUUUCACCAAUUCCAGAGAGACUGCGCACAGGCUUCACCUGCUGCUGCAGCUCUUUGGUGGAGUCCAGGCUGCCGAGUUCUCCUCUCAACUCUCCCCAGGUGACAGGAAGAAGACCCUGAAGGAAUUUGAACAGGGAAAGAUCCAACUGUUGAUCAGCACAGACGCGGUGGCCAGAGGCAUCGACAUCAGCGGGGUCAAAUGUGUGGUUAACUAUGAUGCACCCCAGUACAUCAGAACAUACAUUCACAGAGUUGGAAGAACAGCGAGAGCGGGAAAAACAGGCCUGGCCUUUACCUUUCUGCUCAGAGUGCAGGAGAAAAACUUCCUGCAGAUGGUGGUGAAAGCAGGAAGCCCUGGGAUUCAGAAGCAGGUGGUUAAACCGGAGAACCUGAGGAGCAUGGAAGGCCAAUAUGAAAAGGCACUGCAGAAGCUGGCUGAUGUCAUCAAGGAGGAGAGAGCCAGCUGAUGUCUGGCCAUGAUGCUGGCUUCACACACGUCAGGACUUUUACUGCGGCGCAUUUCAUCCACAGAAUGGCAUCACGCCUCGCUGUCUCAUGAGCACUCUUCAUGCUUGAGCCAUGUAGUCUUCUGGAAAUCCAUAAACACAUGCUGACUUUGAAGAGAAACAGGAAUUAUAAGGCGAUAAAACAUGCACCAUUUCAAGAGUUUGCCAAGAGAACUGAAAGCCGUGAGACGUGGCUCGUUAGUCUGCUGUAUAUCAGACCACACCUGGAAAAAAACCUUCAGAAAUCUGAGCAGGAGGAGGAUGGAUCAGGGUGCUGUUCUCAGCAUUUGCAGUUUACCAACAUGUGACACUGUUCUACCAAAAGAGCUGCUUCAGUUACAUGCAUCGUAGGUCAAAGCUGGCUGGGAGCUGCUAAUAUAUUCUUCAAAUAUAAUCCUGUCGAUUUACUGACAGACCCACAAAUCUUAUCCUCAUGUAACAUCCACGUGCACUGGUAGAUGGCACUGUGUGCAUUGGAACACAUUAAAUGUAGAUAAGUGCCAUUAUACUUCCUGUAAAGGUUGAUCUCAUUCAGUUUCAAUGUGGCUGAAAUUCUCUCUUAAUGCUUUUCAAGCUCAGUGCUCUUUCACAGAAUAUAAAUAUGAACUCGAGCUCUCUUUGCUCUUUUUAUACAAAUCAACAGAUUUAAACGCCCCUUUUCACAAGUAUAAUAUACUAAUAAAAGGGAAACGGCUGAAAUUCAGAAGUGUCAUUUGUAAUUUUGGGUAAUUAUCCAGUUUUCCAUAAUGUUCAAUAAAACAAAAUGAAUCAUC